AUGAUAAAGAAAGGGGCAGAAGAUGGGGUAGCUGAAAAUAUAGUUAAGAAACUUGAAGUAGAGGAAACUAGUGCUGGUGGAUUGCAAAGCAAGCUGCCUAACAAGGGAAUCUUGAAAGCCAUGGGAUAUGAUAAACCUGAUGUUGUAGUCAAGGAUGUGUUAGUGAUGGAAAAGAUGGGCCAAACUAUUCUACAUGUGAAGGAAAACUUUAUGAUUGUCCAUUUACAACAUGUUUGCAAUCAGUGCCAUGAAGUGAUAUUAUCUAGAAGGAAAUGGGGUCUGGAUGUUGAAUGUCUUACAGAUACAUGGAUUGGAAAGGACAGAUGGGAUUUUAUUGAUUUGAGUGCAGGUCCAUUUUCAUUGGGACCUACUGUUCAUGGGGACCUACUAUUAAAUUACUGA